AUGACCGUAUCCAUAACAGGAGAGGGAGUUAGAUCAAAGAAGAAACUUCUCAUGAACGUAAUCAUCCCGGAGAAGAUCAACAUGUCUCAAAAACUUCCCGCCUCUAACAGGCAUCACCAACCGAAAGGACACCCUGACCCCUUAGCAAAACCAGCACCAGGGAAAACCUUAGCUAGAGGCUCAAGUAUCAAUAAGUCACAAGCCCAAACCUUCAAAGUCAUACACCCAACAACAAACCCCCGCAGCCGAAAAGAAACCAAAAUUAAGCAGAAAGACUUAAGGAGAAGACCCGACCUAAGGAAGCAGCUAGAUAAUAAAUCUCAGAACUCAAGACACAACUGGCCAAACCGGAGCCUUAAACAGCUCACAACCAAACCCUCCAAAAUUAAUAGAAACCGAUUCAAGAAAAAAAAAACAAUAAAAAAUAAGAACGUCAAGGAGAAGACUAAUCCCCCACGGCGCAGGUACCUCAAUCCUCUAAACCUGCAUGCGGCCACCCACCUCCAAAACACAGAAGCCAACCUUUCAAGGGCGGAAGAACAAAAAUGCGAAGACAACAACAGGGACAAAAUCCCCCAGUGA